CCCAACCCCAAAAUCCUCCCCGUUGCCUGCCACGCCGUCCGUUCACUUAUUCACGCAUUGUCUCAGCGCCCACGCCAUUCGUCCUCUCCGGGUUGCGCCUCCACGCCGGUCUCCCUCUCCGGCUCCGUCCGUAUCUCUCUCUCCCUCUCCCCUCUGCAACAAACCGAAUGCCCCUUGUUCGCUCUGCCCCACGCCGUCCCAGCCAUAGCCAAGCCACGCAACGCCACACGCCGCAAGCUUGUUUCCGCGCAUCCGUACGUCACUCCUUUCCGACCGACCACGAGUUUCCGUUGGUAAGCUUCUCGGUUCCCUUCUCUCUGUCCUCCUCUAUAGCCCUUUUCUUUUUGAACCAGAGGCUGACCAUUACCUUCCGCUAUUGCAUUUAACAUCCGUGGAUUUGUCACUGUUGGGGUAGUAAACGAAGGAUCUUGACUCUUGAGGCCCUCCUAUCUAGGAAAGGGAAGUCUGAGAAAAUGAAUCCUUUUCCCAAACAACCUUUGUUUUGCCUGAAAUUUCCUUGGGACAACCAUCAAAAUCCAAGAAAUGCCAACAUCUGCAGCUUUGAGGGUCCUUGGAUAUUCAAAUCCAUGCAUAGUCUUGGAUCUGUUGCUUUCAAUUUUGUCAGCUCCGUUUCAAAAUCCUCGUAUCCAUGGAUGGGUACCUUUAAGCCUUUCCAAUUGGAUGCUGGAACCAAUCAAAGUCAGAGUUUGAAGUCAAGAAAGAUCUUGACUCCUGAAGAGCAAGGAGAGGCAGAGCAUAGAGCGUUUGCUGCAGCUUUGGCAACUGGGAAAGAGGCUACAGUGAUUGAGUUUUACUCACCAAAAUGCAGACUGUGCAAUUCUUUAGUUAAUUUUGUUUCCGAGGUGGAGGGCAGAAACUCAGAUUGGCUCAACGUUGUCAUGGCAGAUGCAGAAAAUGAUAAAUGGUUGCCUGAGCUUCUUCAUUAUGAUAUCAGAUAUGUUCCUUGCUUUGUGCUGCUGGACCAGAAAGGGAGGGCACUAGCCAAAACAGGUGUUCCAAGCAGUCGUUUACAUGUAGUUGCGGGUCUCUCACAUCUUCUCAAAAUGAAACGUUCCCAGAAAAAUAAUCACUAGCUU